CCAAAAUUAUCGCUUUAUAUCGAUAGAAACAGAAGGGAACUCGCCUAAGAGAAGAAAAAGAGAUCGAACUCGCUAGGGUUUGAAUCACGAUGGCAUCUUUCGUGGCUUUAUGCGCGCCAUCUCAUGGAUCACAGGGCUCCAUCCUGUCUUCGUCCUUCUCGAUAAGAUCCGGUGCCUUGUGCGACGUAUCUCUCCCCCUGCGAAGUCCAAAGAAGGUGAAUUUAUGCGUGAAAGCGAUGGGGGUGGUGAAGUUCAAAGGGACGCAGAUGAGAGAGAAGCAGCUGACGGAGUUGAUCGAGAAGAAGGUACUGGAAGCGAAGCAGGUGUGUGAGGGAGACGAGACCUCCGACGAGUGUAAGGUGGCUUGGGACGAAGUGGAAGAGGUCAGCCAAGCCAAGGCGGAUCUCCGGCGGAAGAUGGAGAAAGAAGAUCCCUUGGAGUCGUAUUGCCAGGAGAAUCCGGAGAAUGAGGAGUGUCGAAUCUACGAAGAUUAAGCUUCGAACCUAGGGUUUACUACUGGAUCUGGAAUGGACUGUGUGUGUUUAUUGUAUCAUUGCAUAUAAAAUUAUCAUGAUGAUAUUCCUGUAAUAUGAUCAUCGCCACUCUAUGCUAAUUGCUGUGAAAAUGAUUUUCCGGGUAGCUCAAUCAUAUGUUUCCUUCCUUUAUC